AUGAAGUUGAUGAGGAAAUUGGCUGAAUUCGAACAAAUAACACGAAAGUUGCAACGAUUAUUAGGGUUGGCCGAUGUCUCGAGCACCGCCUUUGCAAAAAUGUUCGACAUGAUACCGCAACCCGUAUUCGAAACUCAGCUGAGGACGAAUUCCGAAAUUGUUGUAGCAAUAGCAAGAAGAAAGGAAGAAAGUCUCCAACUUGACGGCAAAUUAACAGAAUCGUUAACGAUGCAAGAGAAAUUGGCAAAAGAGAAUGCCCAGUUAGAAGGUGGCAAAUAUAAAUUAGAAGAAGCGUUGCUAGAAAAGGAUUCUGCCGUUGAGAGUUUACAGAGGAAGGUAUGCGGGCUACAGGCUGAAUACUUGCGGGCGGUUGCAUCAGUAACAGGUGCUUGUAUUACGAGUGGUGCAUCUUCGCAAAUCGAUGAAAUGUGUUGCCGAAGUCCUGCUGUCGCUAAAUCACCAUGCGUCCCACCACCUCCGAAAAGCGUCUGCCCUGCAGAAAUAGAGAAUAAGAUUGCAGCUUACGAGAGCAGUAACAAACAGCUAUGCCGAGAAACUGAAGCAGCAAACACGCGAAACUAUCGAAGAGAAGGAAAAUUGGAUAUAAAACUGAUCGAUGCUCAGGAACGUUUAAAGGCACUAGAAGCCGAAAAAGAUAAAUACGAAGGUUUUAAGGAACAAAUGAUUGAACAAGAAAAGCUCUUAUCGUUUUCAAACAACGCUUUCCGAGAAGCGCAAGACGAACUUGAAGAAUUGAGAUCUAUGAUUCAAGAUCAAGCCGCUCAGUUGGAGAUUAUCGUGCAAUAAUACCUACAGGUUUUUUUCUAUAAUAACAUACGCACAACACAAGUUGAAGAGCAACGCCGGCAACUUGAUCUCAUGGAAAUGGAUAAUGCACGAAUGAAUGAAAACGUCACCCUGGAAAUAGGAAGAGUUAAAAAUCAGUUUCAAGAAAAGCUUGCAGAAUUGGCGCCAUUGCCAGAUAUUCUAAAACAAACUCAAGUGAAACUGCAAGAAGCACAAAUGCGUGCAGUCGCCGAACGAAAUUGCGAGGAUCUAUCGCGAGAAUUGUUAGCUACCAAAGAUAAGAUGCAGGCUUUGCAAAAUCAAUUGGAUGUGAUGCAUAACGAGUUUCAACAGCUUCAAGAUGAAAGAGGCCAUGGUUCGGGUCGAUUUGAUGAAUUGGAACGAAAAAAUGCUGAAUUGCGACACGAAAAUGAACGUAUGAAAAACACGCUUGCUAGGUUCGAGGAACACGAGGCGCAGCUACAAAAGCGCAUCGAUGAAAAGAUGCACGAAGUUACUCAAUUAACAGCAAUGCUUGAUCAAGUCCGAGAAGAUUCCGCAAGACAAGUGGCAAGAACUAAGGAGAGGUGUGAGACUGCUAGAAGAACGAUGCAAAGUCAGAUAGCGGAAAUGGAAAGACAAUUGGCUCAAUGUCGAGCCACUGCAAGAGCUGCACAAAAAGACAGAGAUGAAAUUCGACAAAAAAUGCAAGGUCAAAUAAACAAUCUGAAUGAGGCAUUCGAACAAGCUCAGGGUCGCAUAAGAUCACUGCAGGGACACGUGAAUUAUCUGAAGACAUCCUAUAGCAACAUCUUUAAAGGACAAGGAGAGAUGCCACCUGGAGUUUUACCAGGAGAGGCUGGUACAGGAUUCGAUUCCUGCGACUGCAACUAUUAA